AUGCUGCAAUUGUCCGUGAAUAGCCUUGCGACGCUGAUAAUUUUAUCGCAGUACGCAGCCAUUACAAUCAGACUAUGUGUGGUCACACGAUCUGACGAUGCUGGCACUAAAUUGUCACCAGUGGCCAAGAAGGUAUUGAAUAUGCAUGAUUAUUAG